GCGGCGAGAGCAUGGAGCCGCGGGCCGGCUGCCGGUUGCCGGUGCGGGUGGAACAGGUCGUCAACGGCGCGCUGGUGGUCACCGUGAGCUGUGGCGAGCGCAGCUUCGCCGGGAUCCUGCUGGAUUGCACGAAAAAGUCUGGCCUCUUUGGCCUGUCUCCAUCUACUCUGCUGCCUCUGGCUGACAACCCCUCUGUCAUCAGCUGUCAUGGCCAGGGGCCUGAGGAGGGAACUGGAGAAGUGACACAGCCGGGAACAGGACCUCUGCCUCCUCAGCACAAAGACCAAUUCCCUGAGAAGGAUCAGCCUCCCAAGACAGCUGGGCCUGAGCUGCCCCCACCUCUCAUACCACCUCUGCCUGCUGGGAACCUGCCUCCCUUUCCACCCUACUUUGAGGGGGCCCCCUUCCCCCACCCACUAUGGCUGAGAAACACCUACCAGCAGUGGGUGCCACAGCCCCCACCCAGGACCAUCAAGCGGACCCGGCGGCGACUGUCCCGCAACCGGGAUCCUGGCAGACUCAUUCUUAGCACAAUCCGCCUGCGGCCACGCCAAGUGCUGUGUGAGAAAUGCAAGAGUACUGUGAGUCCCCAGGAGACCAGUCCUGGUCCCCUGACCACCUCCAGACCACGCAGGAGGCUAGGCAGUGGCCCUGACAGUGAGCACCGGAAGCCAGAGGAACCGGAGGACAGUGACUCCAUAGCUGCCGCCCCGAGGAAGAGCAAGAGAGAGAAGAGGGAAGAGGAUAGGGUUCCUGGAGAGCGUGUUCCACGGAGCCCAGUCAUCAAGAUCUCCUACAGCACACCACAGGGCAAGGGUGAGGUGGUUAAGAUCCCAUCCAGAGUGCAUGGCUCUGUGGAGCCCUUCUGCCCGCAACAGUCCCUACAGAACGGCAGCCAGGACUUAGAGGUCAUGAGGGAUGUGGAGCCCAGGGGUGGUGGUGAUCGACCACCCAGUGGGCAUUCCAUUCCCAAGCUGAAGCUGACUCGUCCGGUGCCUCCCAUCUCAGACCUGCCGCCUCCCAAAAUCCGCUUGAAGCCCCACCGGCUGAGGGAUGGGGAGCAUGAGCCUCUAUACAGGGCUGAGCUGGUAGAGGAGCUGAACGGAUGCCCACGAGGACCCCUGAGCAGCUCUUCUGCUCUCUUUGCUGAUGGCUCUAACCAUGGGCUGGAGGACUUGUCUUCUGGAAGUUCUGGUGAGGACGAUGACCUCAAGAGGUUUCCUCAAAGUAAACACGGACGCAAUAGCUUGACUUUUCUCGUCGACUGCCCUGGGAGGAGAGCAGAUUGUACCAGUGAAUCUGUGUGCAGCACCGACAGCCUGGAUGAAUUGAAAUCAUCUGGUUCAGAAGUGACAUCUCCAGACACAGGAGACCUGUCAUCUGGUGACAGUGCCUCUGUUCCUUCCUCUUCUGCUGACACUCGCCAGACAGUCCCUCCCCUCACGGUCAGGCUGCACACGCAGAGCGUCUCACAGUGUGUGACUGAAGAUGGCAGGACGGUGGCUGUAGGGGACAUUGUGUGGGGUAAGAUUCAUGGUUUUCCUUGGUGGCCAGCGCGUGUCCUUGACAUCAGCCUUGGCCAGAAGGAGGAUGGAGAGCCCUCUUGGCAAGAAGCGAAAGUCUCAUGGUUUGGGUCUCCAACUACAUCAUUCUUGUCUAUUUCAAAACUGUCCCCUUUCUCUGAAUUUUUCAAACUGAGAUUUAACCGUAAGAAGAAGGGGAUGUAUCGGAAAGCUAUAACUGAGGCUGCCAAUGCCACACAACAUGUGGCCCCAGAAAUAAGGGAGCUCUUGACCCAGUUUGAAAUGUAACUUUGGUUCCGGGAGCAGGUCACCGACAGUGAGGUUGGAGCUGCUCUCCUGGAACUUCCGUCCAAGGGGCCCAUGUGCCUCUGGCUGGCUGUGUGCAGAAACAUGCUGGGCAGAGCAGUCGGCCUGACUCGGGGUCCCCAGAGGAGCCCAGCUCAGGGCACCUGGAUCCUCUCGGCUGAAUGUAUCUGUUCUUAUGACUCAGGCUUCAGCAUUCCUCGCUGGGAAGUGUCCUGGAGCUUAGUGACAUGUUUGCUGCUUUGUGUGUUAGCAGCUGCAAGGCUUGGGCGUCCUCAAACAGAAGCAGGGCCUUCUGCCCAGCCUGUGAGACUUCUGAGUGGGUGCUGGGCGUAGCUACAGGGCACUCUUCUGGGCCUGGCCUCGGCUAUUCAGCUAGAGCCAUUCUGCAGGCUUGAGGAAACCAAAUUGCAUUGCACGUACGGGUUCUCCUCCAGUCCUUGGGUGUCGGGGAUCUGUGCACUUGAGCCAGGAGCCAGCCUAGUUGCAUCUCCUCCACAUUCCACUCAAAGCAUGGGUCCCUGGGCUCGCAGCCCUGGCCUGCAAGGCUGCCUAGAUCUGAGAUGCUGCUACGUCAUCUACUGUGAGGGGGAGGGAGGGGGGAGGGCAGAACUGAAAACAGGCCUCAGGUUAGGACAUACCAGCUCUGC